CCUUUCACCCCCCCAGCGCCGCCGGGCCUGCAGGUUUCUGUCGAGCCGCGGACGCGGGUCUCUGUUCCGCAGGAUGGUGAGUGGAUGCCUCGGUCUCGCGGCUCUAGAUGCACGGAGGUUCCCUUUUCUUGCCUGUACGCCAGCCUAGGGCCCGUCUCGCGCGUCGCAGGGGCCGGAUGGCGUUAGAUUGCUGGCUCUGCCUUGGUCGAGGUGCAGUUCCCAGCGUGGCCUUAAAUGGCUGCCGCCUGGUGCGCGAACUUGGGGGGAGGGUUGGCGAAGAAGGAUAGCGUGAGCUUGGACGGCGGAUUGGGGAGAAGGGGGUUUGUUAAAGUUGUUAAGAAUAAGGCCUACUUUAAGAGAUACCAAGUGAAAUUUAGAAGACGACGAGAGGGCAAAACUGAUUAUUAUGCUCGGAAACGCUUGGUGAUACAAGAUAAAAAUAAAUACAACACACCCAAAUACAGGAUGAUAGUUCGUGUAACAAACAGAGAUAUCAUUUGUCAGAUUGCUUAUGCCCGUAUAGAGGGGGAUAUGAUAGUCUGCGCAGCAUAUGCACACGAACUGCCAAAAUAUGGUGUGAAGGUUGGCCUGACAAAUUAUGCUGCAGCAUAUUGUACUGGCCUGCUGCUGGCCCGCAGGCUUCUCAAUAGGUUUGGCAUGGACAAGAUCUAUGAAGGACAAGUGGAGGUGACUGGUGAUGAAUACAAUGUGGAAAGCAUUGAUGGUCAGCCAGGUGCCUUCACCUGCUAUUUGGAUGCAGGCCUUGCCAGAACUACCACUGGCAAUAAAGUUUUUGGUGCCCUGAAGGGAGCUGUGGAUGGAGGCUUGUCUAUCCCUCACAGUACCAAACGAUUCCCUGGUUAUGAUUCUGAAAGCAAGGAAUUUAAUGCAGAAGUACACCGGAAGCACAUCAUGGGCCAGAAUGUUGCAGAUUACAUGCGCUACUUAAUGGAAGAAGAUGAAGAUGCUUACAAGAAACAGUUCUCUCAAUACAUAAAGAACAGCGUAACUCCAGACAUGAUGGAGGAGAUGUAUAAGAAAGCUCAUGCUGCUAUACGAGAGAAUCCGGUCUAUGAAAAGAAGCCCAAGAAAGAAGUUAAAAAGAAGAGGUGGAACCGUCCCAAAAUGUCCCUUGCUCAGAAGAAGGAUCGGGUAGCUCAAAAGAAGGCAAGCUUCCUCAGAGCUCAGGAGCGGGCUGCUGAGAGCUAAACCAAACAAUUUUCUAUGAUUUUUCAGAUAAAGACAAUAAACUUAUGAACAGCAA